AUGGAUGUGGCCACAGCGCCAAAGCAAGCCUGGCCCCCAUGGCCGCCCCUCCUCGUCCUGCUCCUCCUGCCCGGAGGGAGCGGCAGCAGCUGCCCUGCGGUGUGUGACUGCACCUCCCAGCCCCGGGCAGUGCUCUGUGCUCACAGGCGACUGGACGCUGUCCCUGGGGGGCUGCCCCUGGACACUGAGCUCCUGGAUCUGAGUGGGAACCGCCUGUGGGGGCUGCAGCGAGGAAUGCUCUCCCGCCUGGGCCUGCUCCAGGAGCUGGAUCUCAGCUACAACCAGCUCUCCACUCUUGAGCCUGGGGCCUUCCUCGGCCUCCAAAGCCUACGCACCCUGAGGCUGCAAGGAAAUCGGCUCCGAAUCAUGGGGCCCGGGGUCUUCUCAGGCCUGUCUGCCCUCACGCUGCUAGACCUGCGCCUCAACCAGAUCGUCCUCUUCCUAGACGGAGCCUUUGGGGAGCUAGGCAGCCUCCAGCAGCUGGAGGUUGGGGACAACCACCUGGUGUUUGUGGCUCCGGGAGCCUUCACGGGGCUGGCCCAGCUGAGUACCCUCACCCUGGAGCGUUGUAACCUCAGCACAGUGCCUGGCCUCGCCCUUGCCCGGCUCCCAGCACUCAUGGCCCUAAGGCUUCGAGAACUGGAUAUCGGGAGGCUUCCCGCUGGGGCCCUGAAGGGGCUGGGGCAGCUGAAGGAGCUGGAGAUCCACCACUGGCCAUCUCUGGAGGUGCUGGACCCUGGAAGCCUGGCGGGGCUCAACCUCAGCAGCCUAGCCAUCACCCGCUGCAAUCUGAGCUCAGUGCCUUUCCAAGCGCUGCACCACCUGAGUUUCCUCAGGGUCCUGGAUCUGUCUCAGAACCCCAUCUCUGCCAUUCCCGCCCGGCAGCUCAGCCCCCUGGUGCGGCUGCAGGAGCUGCGGCUGUCAGGGGCAUGUCUCACCUCCAUCGCUGCCCACGCCUUCCACGGCUUGACGGCUUUCCACCUCCUGGAUGUGGCAGAUAACGCCCUUCAGACGCUAGAGGAGACAGCCUUCCCUUCUCCGGACAAACUGGUCACCCUGAGGCUAUCUGGCAACCCCCUGACCUGCGACUGCCGCCUCCUCUGGCUGCUCCGGCUCCGACGCCACCUGGACUUUGGCACAUCCCCCCCUGCCUGUGCUGGCCCCCAGCAUGUCCAGGGGAAGAGCCUGAGGGACUUUUCCGACAUCCUACCUCCAGGGCACUUUACUUGCAAGCCAGCCCUGAUCCGAAAGUCCGGGCCUCGCUGGGUCAUUGCUGAGGAGGGGGGACACGCGGUCUUCUCUUGCUCUGGAGAUGGAGACCCAGCCCCCACUGUGUCCUGGAUGAGGCCGCGGGGCGGCUGGCUGGGCAAGGCUGGGAGAGUGAGGGUCCUAGAGGAUGGGACGCUGGAGAUCCGCUCCGUGCAGCUGCGGGACCGAGGGGCCUAUGUCUGCGUGGUCAGCAACGUAGCUGGGAACGACUCCCUGAGGACCUGGCUGGAAGUAAUCCAAGUUGAGCCACCAAACGGCACUUUCUCCGACCCUAACAUCACCCUGCCUGCCAUCCCAGGCCCUUUCUUUCUGGAUAGUAGGGGUGUGGCAAUGGUACUGGCUGUUGGCUUCCUCCCCUUCCUCACCUCCGUGACCCUCUGCUUUGGUCUCAUUGCCCUCUGGAGCAAGGGCAAGGGCCGGGUCAAACAUCACGUGACCUUUGACUUUGUGGCACCUCGGCCCUCUGGGGAUAAGAACUCUGGGGGUAACCGUGUCACUGCCAAGCUUUUCUGAUCUUUCCUGCCACACGGGGGGACCUGGCCAAGUCAGCUUGAGAAACCAAAGGGGAAGACACACCAAGGCUGUGCGGGCUAGAACCUCGUCCCAAGCAGCACAGACUCUCGCCCCUCCUGCCCGCUUCAUGCCAGCAACUAAGGAUGCUCCUGAGAGCCCACCGUCCUGUGCUUUCUCAGGGAGGGCAGCAUCACCGUCUCCUCUCCCAGGGCUCCAGGGAACUGAAGACAGAGACUCUGGAAUUGGCCUGGUCCUCUUUUGCUCCCCCAUCCCACCAGUACCAGGCACAGAAAACAUGACCAAGGCUCCAGGCUGCUAGGCUAACCACAGGACUGUCUUUCACAUACUUAUAUCCUUUAAGAACCAAUACCAACUACCAGCCCCAGCUGGAAGGUGACUCUCCAUGACUGGGCUGGGAGGUGCACUGCUCCUCAGCCCGGACUCUCCCGUUCUUGUCUACUCCCCAGCCCCAGCCCUACCCCUAGCCCCUCGGUGCAAGGAACAAGAGCCAAGAACCCUCAGGCUAAGGGGAAGAGGAUGCCAGCAAGUGCGGGGUAAGGGAGGGCACGCUGCACCCAGGCCUGUGUCUGCAUGACCCUCCACCUCCUC